CAGUCCGGGGUUUUGCUUGGAUACAGGAUGACGACGGCAGCGCAAAUUUUGGGCUGGUGUUUGGUGAUUCUUGGUUUUUGUGCGACCACCGGUUAUGGCCACUAUCUCGACCAGUUCUAUUGCGGCGCUGACAAUUGCUACGAACUGCUGGGUGUAACGCGUGAAAGCACCAAGCAGGAAAUAGCCAAAUCAUACCGUCAGCUUGCCCGGAAGUAUCACCCGGAUCUGCAUCAUGGUGCCGAGGCGAAGCAGGUUGCCGAAGAAUCGUUCAAGAAGAUCGCCACCGCCUACGAAGUGCUGAAGGAUGAGGAGUCGCGCAACGAUUAUAACUACAUGCUGGACAAUCCGCAGGCGUACUAUGCGCACUUCUACCGUUACUAUCGCCGGAAGGCAAAGAUUGACGUGCGGUUGGUAAUCGUGGUUACGAUAAGCAUCAUCUCCUGCAUCCAGUACGUAACGCGAUGGCAGCGCUACGAUACGGCUAUCAAGUAUUUCAUGUCGCUCCCCAAAUACCGCAACAAAGCGCUCGAGAUGAUCAAUCAAACAACGAGCAAUGGUGCAUCGAGCGGGAACGGUGGAAAACACGGCAGGACAAAGGUGUCCAAAGCGGAGCAGAAAAAGGAACAUGACGAACAAAUACGGAAGGUGAUCGAGAAUAACAUGGAUAUCCAAGGUGCGUACGCAAAGCCUGAAAUACGGGACAUCCUCUGGAUACAGCUGUUUCUGCUACCGUACACGAUCGGACGCUAUGUUUGCUGGGCAGCCCGGUGGAUCUGGAAGUUUACGCUGCUGAAGCAACCGUAUGGGCGUGAAGAACAGCUGUACCUUAUACGCAAGUACAUGCGACUGACGGAGGUCCAGUUCGAUUCGAUCGAGUCCGACACUGUUGAGCAGUUCCUGCGGCAGCAGCUCUGGAUCAAGUCUAACUUUGAACACUGGAAGGUAGAGCAGGAGAAUGAAAAAAAGAAACAAAUGGCUGACAAUCCACGGUACAAGGCGUAUCGCCGAUACAUGAAAAAUCACGGACCAGGACGGCUCACGUUCGAGGAGUGA